AAUUAGAAAGAUAGAUAGAUUCUUCGUUUAUUAUUAUUCAUUUGGUUUAACUUAGCUUGAAAGUUAUCUUCAGUUCACUCCAAAACCAUUGAAUUGAUUUCAAUACAACGCAGAGGGUAUAAAAUUCACAAUUAUCAUCAUGGGUGGUGAUUCCGUUGUUUCUUCUCACGGUACACAUGAAGAUUCUUCUUUGGAAGAAGAAGAAUUUCCUUUCCUUUCUUCUCACUCCUUGCCACCCCUUUCCAGGGAGAAUACAAUGAAUGAGAAGAAUGUGCUAGAUUUUGAAGAAAUUUGUGAUGAAAGUGCACAGCCUUCUUCUGCUGUUGAUUUUGUUAACAGUGAUAGGAAGAGACAUAGUGUCUAUCAAGAAAUCCUGCAAAGUUAUGAUGAAUUGAAGAUUGAUAGCAAGAGUUUGAAAGAAGCGAAAGAAAAAAUCUUGAGCUAUAAGCCUGGAACAUGGAUUGAGAAGGCUAGGGGCUUAAAGUUAUGUGAUUAUGAUGUACCAGAGACAACAUGCCUCAUAUUGGUUGGUCCAAAAGGAUCUGGGAAAAGUAGUCUCAUAAAUAGAAUCUCUAAGGUGUUUGAGGACGACAAAUUUGCACCCGCAAGAGCACAAGUAUCAUAUAAUUCACUUAUAGGGGAUGGAACGUACUUCCUCUGCGAGUAUAUGUUUCCAAGAGACUCAAAUUCUAUUUGUCUGUAUGAUACACGUAGUUUGCCGGAUAAUUCUCGUGAGUGUGAUAAAAUUCUGAAGAAUUGGAUGACAAAAGGUGUUCGUAAUGGAGAGCUUGUUGUCAGGUUUGAAUAUUUAGUCAUAACAUUUCCUCCAAUAUUCUCCAAUGUUAAUAUUUAUGUAAAGUUUUACCAAUUCUCUAUCAGGAGUAUAGAUAGUCAGAGAUUGAGGAAAAGUUUGAAGCAUAAAGGUGACAUGAAAGGUUUCUUUUCCAAUAAGAGCAGAAAAGUUAAUUUUGUAAUAUGUGUUAUUAACAGUCUUUUGGUUCUGAAUGCGAUGGAGAAUGCUGGUGCUUUGGAGGAUAAGUAUAUCGAAACAAUUGUUUCUACUUUCAAUUGCCCAUUCCUGUCAUUUAAAGAUGACAAACCUGUACUUGUAUUCACUCAUGGAGAUCUCCUAUCACUCUCCGACCGUGCCCGCGUCCAUGCAUAUUUGGGGGAGUUAUUGGGAAUUCCACCAACAAAGCAAAUUUUUGACAUCCCAGACUGUGAUAACCUAGUGACUGAAUCUGCCGUAAUUGGAAUGUUAAGAUAUACUCUUGAGCAUGCUGACAGAAAUUUUCCUCAGAAAAGCAAUGGUAUGAAUAAGGUUCAUAAAAUAUCUCUAUCACUAUGCAUGAUUUUGUUGAUACUAGCAAUUGGAUUUGCCAUUGGCUUGGAACAAAACAAGUUCAUGAACCAGUAUCAUGCCCCUCAACAGCAAGCUUGCUACAGAAAAGUUUGUGACACGCGUCCAAAAGUAAAAGGUCCAAAAGUAAAAGUUCCAAAAGUAAAAGUUCCUAAAAAAGAACCUGAGAUAGAGUGGCAUAAAAUUCGGCACAUAUGGUAGCUUUGAAUGUUGCUGAUAUGGCUUGUAUAUAAUCUCUGUUAUGGAGCUAGGUGAAAAGAGUGGUAAUUAUGAGUAUUUGGUUGCCAUUGAAUUGGAAACACUAUGCAUGUGUGAUCUAUCAUUUUUGUUCUUGCAAUGGUCAUUCUGUACAUGGUUGAAAUUCUAAGUAAAAACAAUAUUUUUAGAAAAAUGUUAGCAGUUCAUUACUUCCCAAUUAAUUUUUUAUUAUUUGGCAAAA